AUGAGUUGGUGUGAUUCUAUGGAGUCGCUGCCUGAUGGGAUGAUGACAGUGAUGAGUAGAAACCAUCGGAAUCAGUGCGUUCUAGAACAGUUGGAGAUACAAGGCUGUCCUUCGCUCAAAUCAUUUCCUAGAGGGAAGUUGCCUACCACGCUCAAGGAAUUGAGGAUUGAUGGAUGUGAAGAAUUAGAGUCUGAAUAUUGGUUUCUGGAAGGAAUUAUGCAGUUUGUGUAUUUGAAGUUCUCUAUCACAUCCCUUCCAACUGGCAAGUUUCCUACUUCUCUAAAAACAUUUGAAUUUUUCUGUUGCAGAAGAAUUCAAUCACUGCUUUCCCUACUUAACCUCUCCCAUCUUACUCAAUUGAUAAUACAAGGUUGUGAUGAGUUGGAGUCGUUCCCAGAUCAGGAAUUGCCCCUCCCUAAUCUGACCUCUACAGAUACAUUUCAUUGUAAGAAAAUGAGGUCUCUACCCAAUCACAUGGACAGCCUUCAACAAUUAUGGAUCAGCAAUUGCUGCGGUCUGGUGUCCUUUCCGGAGACUGGUUUGCCUCUUAAGCUAACUUCACUGACCAUGAGGGGUUGCAUGAAUCUGAGACAGCCAAUAUCAGAGUGGAGACUCACAUCUCUUGAACGACUCCAAAUGGGGUUCACAAGUCCUUACUACAACGGAUGUAUAUCUGACAAAGAGACAUCCCAUGAAGAGAUAUUUGAUGAAGAGACAUCCUAUGAAGAGAUAUCUGGUGAAGAGGCAUCCGAUGAAGAGAUAUCUGAUGACGACACAUCUUGCUUUCAGGUUUCACAAAGUUUAACCAUCUUAGUUAGGGUUCCACCAAGUUUCUGCAGUUUCAAACAGGAUCCUGUCUUGAUCAAUGAGGCAAAUACUUCAAUUUCAACUUCUUUGCAAGCACAAAAGGAUGAAGAAGCAGAAGCUGAUCCCUUGGCUGCUCUUCAGCUUCUGGUUGGAAAACUUAUCUCGGAGUGGCAAUCAAGAUUGCUGCAAGUUCGCGCAAUGCUCAAUGAUGCAGAACAGAAGCAGCUGACAAAUCAGGCUAUGAAAAUCUGGCUCGACAAGCUCAGAGACUUGGCUUAUGACGUGGAGGACGUACUGGACGAAUUUGAAACGGAAGCCUUGACAAGCAAGUUAAAAGGUGCAGAAUCUCAAGCCAGCACAAGUACAGUGCAACCAAGUGCUGGUAUGCCUAAUGGGCCCAAGCUACAGGAGAUUGCUGCCAGAUGGGAAGAUAUCAUGAAGGAGAAAAAUGAUCUUGGCUUGGACAUAAAUGUUUUAGCGAGCACAUCAUUGCCAUCACUUGAAAAACUUCCUGCUCUUAAUCAUUUGAUCAUAGAAGGGAUGGAUAAGUUGAGAGGAAUUGUUGUUGUGAACUUUCCAUCUUUGGAGACUCUGUACAUAGGGGAUAUGUUGGAGUGGGAGCAAUGGUACGGGUCUGAUGGUCUCAAUGAAGAACCAGCUGGUGGAAAAUUUCCUAAGCUGGUUGAGCUUACACUGCAAAACUGUCCUAAGUUAAUUGGGAAAUUGCCCAGGUGCCUUCCAUCCCUCAAAAAGCUUCACAUUUCCCGUUGUCCACAAUUAACAAAUUUACCUGAAAUGCUUCCAUCUCUUCACGAGGUGACUUUCAGAAUGGUGCCUAAUUUCACCUCCCUCACGACCUUGGAAAUUAGUGGAAUUUCAGGCCUUGUGGUUUUACCUGAAGCAUUUUUAGAGGCCUUAGUAGCUCUUGAGGAUCUGAAAAUUGAAGAAUGCCGUGAGCUGAAGUACUUGUGGCAAGAUGGAGUUGAUGUCGACAAACUUGCUAAUCUAAAAAGUUUGAGUAUCUUCUUGUGUAAGCAGCUUGUGUCAUUGGUGGAGGGAGAGAGAGGCAUUUUGCCGUCCUCUCUCAAAAGGCUUGAAAUGAGAUGGUGUGAUUCUAUGGACUCGCUGCCUCAUGGGAUGAUGGCAGUGAUGAGUAGCAACACCAACAAUAGCAAUCAGUGCCUUCUAGAAGAGUUGGUGAUAGAAAACUGUCCAUCUCUCAAAUCACUUCCUACGGGGAAGUUGCCUACCACGCUCAAGAAAUUGAUUUUUAAUGGAUGUCGAGAAUUAGAGUCUGAGUAUAGGUUUCUAGAAGGAAUUAUACAGUGUGAUGCCCAUCUUGAGUAUUUGCGGGUAUCCAAAUUCUCCAUUACAUCCUUUCCAACUGGCAAGUUUCCUACUUCUCUUAAAACAAUUGAAUUUUCCCGCUGCAGAAGAAUACAAUCACUGCCUUCCCUGCAUAACCUCUCCCAUCGCUCUCGAUUGAAAAUAGAAUUCUGUAAUGAGUUGGAGUCAUUCUCAGAUCAGGAAUUGCCCAGUCUUACCUCUUUAGAAAUAUUUGAUUGUCUGAAAUUGAGAUCUCUACCCAAUCACAUGGACAGCCUUCGACAAUUAAUGAUCAAAAAUUGCUACGGUCUGGUGUCCUUUCCGGAAACGGGUUUGCCUCCUAAGCUAAAUUUAUUGAGAGUGGAGAAUCUGAGACAACCAAUAUCAGAGUGGAGACUCCAUACACUCACAUCUCUUAAACGUCUCGAAAUCUCCGAUACAACAGAUGAGGAUUGCUUUCCAGAUGAUGAUGGUCUACUGCUUCCCACUUCGCUAACUUCUCUCCAUAUUCAUAAUCAAAAGAAACUCAAAUCCAUAUCCAGUGGCAUCCAACACCUCACCUCUCUUGAAGCAUUAACGUUUUGGGAUUGUCCUGAACUCCAAGUCUUGCCAAAGGAGGGCUUCCCUGCCACACUUAGAAAUCUACAAAUCUUGAAUUGUCCUCUUCUGGGAGAAAGGUGCUUAAAAGAGGAAGGGGAUUAUUGGCCCAUCAUUGCGCACAUCCGUCAAGUUGUAGUCUACCCAAAAAGCCAAAAGCGAAUAAGGUCUCAUGUCCUCUUGGAUUUUAAGAAUCUCAAAUCCAAGCCAAAUUGGGAACUGUGUAGACUUGAUUCAGUUCCAUACUCCAUUCCAAGCCAAAGAGUGUUGCUUCCUGUUUCAGAUCAUGAAAGGCUAAGAGAAGAAGCUUUAGGUUGUCAAAUUUCUAUGAACAAGAAAGCUUAG